GGCAGUGUCAAAUCUUUGGCGUCCGAAACCACUGCACUUUCGUCGUUUAACAGGUUUCUGAUGUCCUAAAAUACCCGCACAAUGUCAACAAACGGUAACACUGCGAGAAUAAUACAGUUUAUGGCUCCAGAGGAACGCCAUCAGUUUGGAAUUGAGACUCCUUACCAGCGUCUGGCUUUGCAAAUGCAAGACAUGUUAGGAGAUAGAGGAAUUCUCAAAGAGGUGAUUCAUCCAGGAGAAGGCGGACCCAUACCUUUUCAUGCUUCAGUAUCAAUUCACUUUUCUGGUUUCCUUGAGUACUCUGACAUGCCAUUUGAGUCAACCCUCAAUCUUAAAUAUCCGCGAAUGAUGAAGCUUGGUAGAGAUGUUACUUUGUAUGGACUAGAGCUCGGCCUUCUUACCAUGAAGAAAGGCGAGUUCUCCCGUUUUCUCUUUAAGCCCAAAUAUGCCUAUGGGGACCUCGGCUGCCCCCCGCAUAUACCUCCAUUAGCCACAGUCCUGUAUGAGGUGCAAGUGCUCGAUUUCUUGGACUCAGCACAAGUGGAUGAAUUUAUGGAUCUGUCUGUGGAGGAGCAGAAUGAUGUCCAGCUGGCAAAACUGCUGGCUGUGGUGGACACCCAGCGUAACUUUGGCAACCUCUGCUUCAAUAAAAAGCGCUAUGAAGAUGCAAAAGAGAGAUACCAGCAGGCUGUGACAGUUUUGCAGAACCGUGAACCACUAAACGAUGAAGGAAAAAAGCGUCUUGAGGAAGUCAAGUUACCUUUCCUACUCAACCUCUCACUCACAUACCUCAAACUGGAGAAGCCCCAUAAAGCACUUUGUUUUGGACAGAAAGCCCUGGCUAUUAACCCCCAGAACACCAAAGCACUGUUCCGCUGUGGCCAGGCCUGUUUUGAGAUGAAGGACUAUGAGAAGGCUCAAGAUUACCUCAUACUUGCCCAGUCGAAAAAGCCAUUUGACCCUGACAUCAAUACCUUGCUGAAGAAACUGGGUCUCUGCUACAAGGACUAUUUGGAUGGAGAGAGAGAGAUGUGUUCCAAGAUGUUCUCAGGUUUUAAGCCAAAAGAAAAGUGAAGGUGUGUGCAAUUUUCCAAACUUUCCAGAUUGACCACAAGAGGGCAGUAUAAGCCCAACAAAGUCAUUUAGGUUUAAAGGACCAAUAUUGUUGCAAAAUAUGUAAUUGAUUCCAGUUUGUUUUGUCUUAGUUUAUUUUAAGGUACUGUAUCAGCUCUCAGUACACAAAAUUGUUCUGCAUGUUACUUUGUUUAAUAUCACAAAUUAUAUAUGAAUUGAUUUUUUAUGAAUAAUAUUUUAUUUGGAACACAUUUGUUCAGUUGUUUAAUGCUCUCCUUUGAUCAUCAUAUUCAGGUAUACCUGAUAUGACAUAUAUGUGGAUGGCUAUCCCAAUUUGUUUAAUAUUUUAAGUAUUUCCUAAGAAUGUUUAGUUAAUAUUUCGUAUUUUGUGCUGUCCUCAUUGUUAAAAGUUAUCACUACUUCCUCUCUGUCAGCACUGACCAGUCAUUUUUGUAUGUUGAAGUAAAAGAGUUAAGUACAGGAAUCGUGUAAACAAGGUGUUUUCCUGAUCCAGUGUUUGGAAUUGUCCUUAGAUUUGUACAGAAAUAAACACCUCUGCAUAA